GGCAGGUGUUCUGGCACAGUUGGACCCCUAUCUGUGCACGUGCCUGCAAAUCAGUGUUGGCAAAGAAUCUGUAGUCUAUGCUUUUGAUGCACCAGGUUUCUUUUCAGCACCUGGGUGUAUGGACAGCUCCCCUCCUGGUCGAUUUUCGAGGAAAGCACUGACAGUACUGGGAAAGAGUGGUCUGUUGAACUGCUCUGUAGCUGCUGAGCCUAUUUCACCAGCUUCGGAGCCCGACAAGGAUUGGACAUUGGAUCAUUUGGGAAACUCCCAUGGAUAUUGAGAUAUACAAAAAGAAAACAGAGUGAAAAAAAAGUGGAUCAACUGAAACGCUGAAAUGGGCUACAGUCAAAUUGUUGUAGGCCUACUUUAGAGACAAAUCCGUAAUUUUGGUUUUCAAUUAUCUUUGAUGCUGCGGCAACUGAAGAUAAUACAGAUAUUUCAAUGCAUGACGGUUUAGCUGAUCAAUUGGAAUAGACACCAUUGUAUCGGAGAGAAAGUGUGCUUUUUGGCAUAUAGAGAGGAAUGCGCGCAUUCCACGUGAGUUGAGCUUUAAACAAGGAUGUCUGGCAACCUGUCCCUCCUGAGGCCUACAUUAGCGGGUGCCACCGGAUCAAUGCAACCUGCCCUCUCAAACAUGUCCCAGUUUCCCCCUCUGGUUGACUGGGAGGCGCCCACCUUCACCCGAGCCGCCCAAUUCCGUGUCUGCGCCACCUUAAUCCUCUUCCUAUUUGCUGCCUGCAGCAACCUUGCGUUAUUGGUCAGUGUGUGCCGGGGGCGUGGCCGGCGCCUGGCUUCUCACCUGCGACCACUCAUCAUGAGCCUGGCUACCGCCGACCUGAUGAUGACCUUUGUGGUGAUGCCACUGGACGCCAUUUGGAACAUCACGGUGCAGUGGUAUGGCGGAGACGCCAUGUGUAAGAUGCUGUGCUUCCUCAAGCUGUUUGCCAUGCACUCGUCAGCCUUCAUUCUGGUGGUGGUCAGUCUGGACAGGCACCACGCCAUCCUGCACCCGCUGGACUCACUCAACUCCCACCACAGGAACAAGAGGAUGCUGGGUUUGGCCUGGGGCCUUAGCGUGCUUCUGGCCUUACCACAGCUGUUCAUCUUCCGGGCCAUCAAGGCCGAGGGCGUAGACUUCACCCAGUGUGUAACCCAUGGCAGUUUCAAAGAGCGAUGGCAGGAGACGGUCUACAACAUGUUCUACUUCGUCACUCUCUACGUGUUCCCGCUGCUGGUCAUGAGCUUCUGCUACACACGCAUCCUCAUUGAGAUCAAUCAGCAACUCCACAGGAACAAAGCUGGCGAGUCCUGCCUGAGACGCAGUGGUACAGACAUGAUCCCCAAAGCACGAAUGAAGACUCUAAAGAUGACCAUCAUCAUCGUGAUGUCCUUCGUGGUCUGCUGGACGCCCUACUACCUCCUGGGUAUCUGGUACUGGUUCCAGCCGGAGAUGCUGCAGGUCACGCCUGAAUACAUCCACCACGCCCUGUUUGUCUUCGGCAACCUGAACACAUGUUUUGACCCGGUCAUCUAUGGCUUCUACACGCCCUCGUUCCGGGCCGACCUGGCCAUGUGCUGGUGCUAUAGGAGAAGGGACAUUGAUAUGUCGCCCAGGUCUCUGGACCGCCUGUCCGCCCACCAGGGCCCCCACAGCGGAGAGCAGGACUCUGACGCCCCCAGUGUGGACCAGACCAAAGAGACUGGAGGUGACGGUAGAUGACUGGUGCUGACAGUAAGUACAUCUGUAAGUUCGGAGGGCUGAGGGAGAGCAGACCUGGAAAUGAGCGGUACUAAGGAGUAUGUAGACUGACUUACUCAUUCUGUCAGGUGAAGACAGUGACAGGCUAAACAGCACCACCAAAAUGUCUCCCCUCUGACUGUACGCCCAUCUUUGACAUUUUGAGGACAUUGUUGAAGCAUGGGAAGAGGCACUUGAAUUAGGGGCCAAGCCCAACCUGAGACAAAACUUUUAUGGAAGCCAAGGGUUGAAGGGAUCAAAUCCUUCAGGAUUACUUUACCCAGAAAAGACACGUGUUUUCUGGGCCUAAUCUACAGCAUUAAGCACCAUGGCUAAGGAAGUUCAGAGGUAGCCUUCGGAGCCACCCUGAUCUUGCGAGCUUACAUGAAUGGUUCGUUGUAUCCAAGAGGUCCAGAGGGAGGCAGAACAGAAUCAACUGGGCUGCAACAGGUUUCUGCCAACUUUGGAUAUCCAGUUAUACAGCAACAGUUAAGCACAUGCCAUUCUAUUUCAAUUACUAUAAAAUGGAAAGGCAAACUAAUUUUAAGCGCCGUUCCACAACUUUCUACAAACCAUUAAAACCCUUGGGUGUCCCCUGAUAUAUACACCAUGCUGCUUAUGUCACACUGCCUGCUGUCUGCCUACAGAUUGCUUUUCCAUGCAACACUGUGUCCUUACAAUGCCAGGCUGCAUGAGAUGAUCUCCAUAGCCACAAAUCACUAUACAGAACUAUCAAAUUACAAAACAAUGUACAGAUGCAGUAGGUGGUACAAUAAAAUGGUUGGCCGUUUCACUCGAAAGACAACAGUCCAGAGGACUGUCACAUUCAGUGCAUGUCAUGGAGAAAAACAUAAUUUUGUAUUGUACUUACUAUUCAUGCAUUCACCUCAGCCAUUCAGGUUUGAAAACCGAAGCACAACUACAGUAUAUUAUAAUACACUGAGUGUACAAAACAUUAGGAACACCUUCCUAAUAUUGAGUUGCACGCCC